CUGCAGGUGACGCCCUACCUCCAGAGAGCCCCGGGAUUCCAGGACCUGCAGGGGGUUUGGAGCAGCGGUCGCGCGGUGCAGAGUGUGUUGGUGUUUAGGACCUCGGGAGCGUUGGCCUGGCUGGGCGUAUCAGGAGCGGGGUCUCUGCUGGAACGCACCGGAUUGGCCCAGGCUGUCAGAGAGGGGCGGAGCUUCAGAGGGUCAAAGGUUACGAACGUCACUGUGGGAGGUGUGCAGGAUGAUGUGUGUUUGUGGUUGUUCAACUGCCCUGCAGCAGGUUUUGAGUGUUUGUCCAGACCAGGUCACAUGGCCGUCUGUUCCUCGGUCUGUCACUCUGACUACUGUCACAACCAGGGCAUCUGUACCCACCACCCUCACCAACCACCCCUCUGCCAGUGCCCUGUGGGGGAUCAUUUCUGGUUCAUGGGUCGUCGUUGUGACGUGAGGAUGACACAGCAGCGGCUGGUGGGGGCGUGCCUUGGUGUGCUGGUUGCCAUAGUUACACUGAUUGGCGCCGUGGCCUGGCUGGCGGUGCGACGAUACAGAGCCAUGUUGAUAAAGACUAAAGUAGACCAGACACGCAGCAGCUACCGUAGGUUCAACCACUUUGACGAGCUGUCAGGUCGUUUCUGGGGACGGUCCAUUGGUGGAUCAGGUGACUCGUUGGAUAACCCCGUCUUCACCCGCUCCGACGAGUUGCUACACCGGGAGGGCUCUCGACCGCACCUGCUGUUACCACGACGAUACGCUGUCCCUGGCCUCCACCUGCCCUAG